UAGAGACAAAUAAACCCACAGCUACAACAUGCGGGAGUUAAAUGUUGCUCAGCAUGCACUGCUCUGGGAAUAUUUUGGUCUUUUUUUACAUACGAAUUAACAACAAUUUAUUGAUUUUACUUAUUUCAAUAACUAUUUUAAUCCGUGACAUACUUCUGUGUAAAUCGAACAGCGCUGUCAUCAUUAACAUUCAAAGAAGAAGAUUGUAUCUAUGUUAGAUUAUCAUUAUUUUGCUUGAAACGAUUUUAAUUUUGCAAGGCGGAACUCUUCUGUUGAGAUUGGUGGGGAAGGAUUUUCUUAUCGGACUCGGUUGUUGCUUACAUUUUUUGAACAGGAACUACCCUGCAGGUGGAGGGAUGAGUCUCUCCCCUGUGAUUGGCACAGAAGUGCCAGAAACAGCUAACGGGGUUGUGCCACCCGUCUCUUCAGAGAACGGCCCUUACGCUCCGGUCUCAGUGAAAUGUGGGGGGAGCAGAGUGCCCUGUCCUGGGGAGGCAUCGAAGGAUAGAGCCCUUGGACACACAGAGAACCACGUAGAUGCAGAAAACAGAGUUUACGAUGGCGACGGCCACUUGGACACAAAGGCGUACAAUAAUGGGAGAACAUCUACUAGGUUGUCGCUGCACACCUCUCGUGUGACAGACGCCUCACUCCCCGCAGCCUCCUGCACGGGAGACUCUGAAGAGUGGGAAUCAGGCUUCAAAGACAUUCACGAGGCCUCUAACAAUGUUGAGCCUCCUGAUGCAGCUCUGUUGUGGGACCCAGCGCAGCAAGCACACUCCAAAAAGUCAUCUCAGCGAGGAGGCCCUGCCGCUACAGGCAGACAGCAGAUGGAGACAGAGACUUUAGAUGGAGACACUGACAGUCGAGACGAGGAGGAAGAUGGAGAGAAGGAGAAACAGGAUGAGGAGGACGAUGAGAAAAAUGAAAAAAAGUGGAUUAAUCAGCGUGCAGGAGGGAGAACAGAGGUGGCGUCUUCACGACACUACUCCUCCUCAGCCCCCGGUCCCAGCACCUCGUCCUCUUCCUCUCUUCCACCUCCUCUUCUUCCCUCAGACGAUAUCCCCUGCCCUCCCCACGUCAUGGCCCAGGUCUGGGUACGCAACGUCCGGGGGAUGCAGGACAGCAAGAGCCUGGAUGAAAUCAGCCAAGCUUGUGGAGGUGGUUUGGGGGCCCGGGUAGGGGGCAGAGGGGGCCAGUCAGAGGGCCGGAGGGCCACAAUCUCCUCAGCUCUGGAGCUAGAUGGGACAGUCAGCCAGGAGGGUGACCUGACUCACUUCAUCACCAAGAACCUGGAGCAGAAAAUCAAAAUGAGCUCCAAGCCCAGUCUGGACUGCAGUGACUCGGACUGCUCAGGUCCCAUCUUCCGCAGCCGGGGUUUGUCACGGAGACCGGCAGACAUCCCGCCCAUUGAUCCAGCCGUCCUAUUGGAUCUUCAGAGACACACCCAGGAAGUGGCGCACAGUGUGGAGAUGAUGAUGCGGAGCCUCAAUGGAACAAUCCAGAAUAUGACAGCUCUGAGUGUGGGCUACAUCCAGACCUACAGAGACUCAGUUGACAGCUUGGGAGAGUCUGUGGAUAUGAGUAUAAAGGGCAUGUACACACUGAUGGCUCGCUGCGAGGAGUUGGAUCGUUCCAUGCAGCCCAUACACACCCUGGCGGCCCAGAUCCGUGACAUCAAACGCACCCUCGACGCUCUGGAGGCGAUCUGCAAGUAGCCCCCCCACCUGUCCGAUUUGAAUACACGCCCCCAGCUGCAAAGAUCCAACAUCAAGCACAUCCUGAACGAGGCUGUCUGCAAGUAAGCCCACCUUUCUGCAGGUAGCGCGCACACACUGCAGCCAAGAUUAAGUGCACCUCUGGAUUCCAGGAACCAUUGCUACUAGGCAUGCUGGAGGAUUGGCUCUCAUAGUCCCGCCGCUUGUUCAUAAUUUGAAGAUGUUUGUUUCGUGAGAUUCCAAAUGAAUUUGCGAUUGAUUUUCUCUCGGGGUCGAGCUUUCUCUUGCUUUCUUUUUUUGUUUUUAAAGCCUCUAAUGAAGUUGUCGUGAAAUGAAAUCUCAGAAAUGAACCCUUUUUGGAGACACUCGGUCAAGUGCCCUGAACACACACACACACACACACACACACCCUUGAAGAUGUGUUUACAGCGAGAGGAGGAAUAUUGUGUCAUUAUCCGUCCAGCCCGCUUUGUUCAGAUUGCACUAACCUUUCCUCCCCACAUGGGGGCGAUGUUUCUCUCCGUGUGUCUCUUUGCUGAUGGAGAGGCCGGUAUGAACUGCUCAGAAGACAGUGACUUUUGCACAGGAACAGAAAGCCUAUUUUUUAACCUUAUGCAACAAAGAUCCGAUUCUUUUCACUGCAGACUUAAUGAGGGGAGGGGAGCAUCAUGUCUCUCUGUCUGUCUGUCUUAUUUUAAUGUUUAUUUAUUAAGUGUUCUCAGCAUGGUUGCUUAUUCGACUACGCUGCUACUCGGUGUCACUGGGAACUAACCAGUACAGCCAGAGUUUUGUCCCACUGAACGGUCCCUCUGGAGCAUUUGGAGUUUAAGCUCAAGUGCUGCUUGAGGGUAGUUGUCGAAGGAAAUGAAAGUGUUUCACUUUUUCUACUCGGACUAUGUCAUGUUGUUUAUCAAUUAAAAACUUGUAAACUUUAUAAAUCACAGGUCUGCUUCUGUGAUUUAAAGCCACCCCCUGCCAGGUGUCCUACAACCUCACUCUCCUCCUUUUGUGCAAUCCGAGAUGUUUUCGUGCAAAAAAAUAUCUUCGUGCGUAUCACAACAUUCCCAAUGGCAUUAAAUAUUUUAAAGGCUUUGUACUUAUUUGACUUUUAAAUGUCAUCAAACCGAAGAAACAUUUGAUACAUAUUGCCAACCUGAAGACUUUCAUGAAAUCUGAACCUAUUGAAAAUGUAAUUUAAAUUCCAGACAUGCAAGUAGCCAACAAACUGCUGAGAGUGUCAUUGAUCCUGUGAAUGAAAUUCAAACCAGUUAUAGUUUGCUUCUGCCUGUACUGACCAAUCACGAAGAAGAAGAAGAAGAAGAAGCUACGUUUCUGUGCAGCAUGUCCUCGCUUUUGUUUUCUUCAACAUUGAAAGGAUCGGACGACUUGUUUCCAACAAAGAGUCAACGUCACUGUAGUUGGGAUUCCGUCUUCGCGUGUGAACUAACGUGGACUUGUGUCACAUUUAAUAGAAGUGAGUAUUUAUUAAUUUACUCAAAGAGAAAAGCUACUGAACGAGUGCCGCGUGGCUUGGCUGUUACUUUAUCGACCUGAAGCCAUUCGCUCUCCUGGAGCGUUGUACUUGAUUUAAUGAAGAGACUGUGGUACGUCUGUCAUUGCACUGGUGGGUGGCCUUGUAGUAGAUCAUUGUGCUAUUACUUUUAAAUAUACCCGUUACUGAUGGCAGCAAACAUGUCAAUUUGGUGGAUUUUGUGAUAUUCAUCUAAAAACUUUUAUCAAAGCAAUAUUGGAAGCAAAGUCCUUACUUAUUUUAGCCGUGGUUCUGCAUCGUAACCUGUUCAUGUUCACCACAAAAAGCUCAGAUUGCAUUCUUUGUCAAAUCUGCUCUUUGUCUCAUCGUCGCUCUCCUCAACCUUGUUGGCAAAGAGGAAGAGCCGCAUCUUCACAAAGCUUACAUUAAAGAAUGGGAUGGUCCUGAUUAUACUGAAAUGUACUCCAACAUGUCUGUGCUUGUAAAGAUGUUGAUGCUCUUUUGCAGAUGAAGGUUAAUGUCCAGAGAGCGGACAUGUGGGAGUCUUAGUAGAUUUCCAGGGUGAGGGAGGAUCCUUUGAAAUGGGGAAAUAUGAGAGACAAUGCCCUUGUUCAUAAUGUAAAUGUAUGAUUAAUUCAUUUUCUGUUGUACAAUCGGAUGAUGCACCUGUGUAGAUAUGAUCUCUUUCUGUAACUAAAAAAAAAACAAUUUAGAUACCCGUCGUCUUGAGUGUAUAUUUUAAUGAAAAAUAACAAAUAAAUUUACAUGAGCUGCAAGAACAAAUGUUUCCAUUUUAUUUUCAAAGUGUGCUGCCUCAAGGAGCACUGAAUGUAUGUGAAAGAAACAUAUAAACAACUCUGACUUACAAAAAAAUAUAUACAAAUAUGCAGGUUUUCUAUUACAGAUGGAAGUUUUGUGUUUUUUCUAAAUUAAAGGUUUGUCCUUUGAGUUAACAGUUACUGCAUUUAUAACAUUCUAACCACAAUAAGAGUUAAAAAGGCCUGAACUACAUGCUGCGGAGACCAAUAGGUGCAGAUAUUUAGACUUGUCACAGCGGCGUUAUUAAUAACAGUAACGAUGGCUCUGUUUUGUUGUCACUAAGCUGUGACAGUGAGCCAGCAUGCUCAAUACCAGGACCCUGCAACUUAAGCAGCUAAAUGGGAUUCAGCCAUCAUUCAUUUUAUUAUUCAUACUUGUGCUUUUCCCUCUGUGAUAUUUCAAAAAGGCCCGUGUUUAAUUUUGCAGAGGAUGCUCUUGAAGACGUCAACAAUCCACAACAUAAAUCCUGGAUGUUUUGAAGGCCAAAGUUGACACAUUCUGUUUGUCUGACAUUGCAUUAAACAUGUGACUCUCAAACUGCUGCUUAACUAACUCCUAAAAGAUUUAUGAAAAUGACAAUCUCUGUCAGGAAGAUUAACUGACGGGUUCACUCUGUUUACAAGUACACAGAAGGUCUCCCUGACCUUUCUACUAUCUAGCACAGCAGAUUGUUUUGGUUUCAUUUGAAGGAUUUAAAAUAUUAGCCUCUGACCUUUCUGCUGUCACUCCAAUCCAAUGACGGUGAAUAGAGUUUUAAUUAUUUGGGGUGAACCAGCCUUUUAACCCAGCACGUCUACUUAAUAGAAAGAGAAACUCAUAAUUACCAUUUAACAUAGGACUGAAAUGUAACAACAAAAUGUGCAAAGAGAAUAA